CCAGAGACACGAGAGACAGUGUAAUCGCGUUUCGAGAAGUAACGCCGCCGGCUUCCUAAUAUGCGCUGGAUGCUUCGAGGAUAUCUUAUUAUCAGAGACGGCGGCUGCAACCACGCCGACAGAAAUAGUGUGCGUGCGUGCUGACAAAACGACUCAAGUCUAGUUCCAUUCUGCCGUGCAAAUAGAUCACCAACGGAUCGUUUGUUCUCUGAUCCUGCUGACUGAUCCACGUGGUUUCCGGCUGAGGUCUUCGUCACACAGCGAGCAGUCAGCCUAAAAUUCAAUUGACUGGUCAGUCAUCUAUGAAAAUUUUAUAAAUAGAUUGCGUGCAAAACGGUAGAAAUGUUUACAGAAUUUAAAAACACUGUUGCAAUUUUUAACAAAUGUGAAAAAUUAUUCGGAGAAAAUAUAUCCCAUACCUCGGAAUUCUUAUUUAGCAUAGAUAGUCGUGGUCUAUGUGAGAACAAUCGAGGCAAGUUGUGAAACGUAUUUGGAUUACAGACAGCUUCAUGACAAAAGACAUAUGAAACAAAAUUAUUAAUAUUUGGACAACAUCUAAAACAGAAUAACAUGUUUGAAAGUGGACAAAUUCACAGCGAUUGCAAUUGUAAACAAAAAUUCUAGACAUCGCUCAGUUAACAACUCUUUAAUAUCUAAAAAAAGUAAUUUCGUUCACAAUUAAAAACGUUAUUCUUUUUUGAAGAUGUCCGAAUAUUAAUGCGAGUCACUGUACGCAGACAGCUGUUGCAGACUGGUUUAUCUAUUUGUGAGACUUCCAAUUAUACCUGAAUCACGACAGAAUCAAAGUAAAUCCAUGACAAAAGGUUGCGCUGGAGCAGAAUUGAUACAUAGAAUAUUCUAGCAGAGCAGCAUACAUUUGGUAACCAGUAAUGGCUCGAAACAAGGAUCAGUUCGAGUAUAAGCUACUGACACAGGACAGGAUUGAAGAGGCUCUGCAGAUUCAGGCGGAGACCAUGAAGCAGGAGUGUCUGGCUAUAGGGCUGGGCAUGUUCGAGGAGCCAGGUGCGCCUGAGGAGAUGCAGCUGCUCUUCAAGGAGAUCGUAAAGGAUGGUGCCACGAUCAUCGUGGUUGAUAAAGAGACCAACGAACUCGCCGCGGUCGCUUUCAACAAGAUCCAUGCCAGGCCCCAGGAAGGCGUGAAGGACCAGCUGGACACCUUCAUAGAGGAGAACCUGACGAAGAAAUCGUGCCAGGAGCUGGUGAAGUUUCUCGGUGAUAUUGAAACCAAUGAGGACAUUUUCGAGAAACUCGCAAUUGAUGGAGCGAUGGAAUUGUUCUACCUUGGCACAAACCCAAAGUAUCAGGGCAUAGGAAUUGGGAGCGAGUUGGUGAAGCAGUGCAUCGAGUUUGCUAAAGGACUUGCAAAUGGCACCACAAAGAGAUGCCCGAUUGAUGAUGAGAUGGUAAACGAAGAAGUGGUCCCAAAAAUAAUCUUUGGCGUGUUCGCAUCGAAUUUCAGUCAGCGUAUAGCUGAUAAACUAAACUUUGAAGUUUUCUACGAAGUUCGGUAUGAGGAUGUCAGUUUUAGGGACAAGAAAUUGUCAGAUAGGAUCGGCGACGAGCAUAAGUCAGCUAGAUUACAAGUAUUGAAGCUUUAAAUAGAAUGCAAGAAUGUAUUCUGAGAAUUAAUAGUAUUAAUCAAAAUUCUAAAAGCUUCUAUUGAAAAUUGAACUUAAUUUUAUUUAGUUGUAAUUGUAUUGAAAUCUUCAUUAUUCUUAUGAUAAUAUGGUUUUUCAGAGACGUGAGCAUUCUUUGUAAAUUAAUUUCCAAUUAUAUUCAAUCGUAAUAUGAAGGCUCUGUAUAAUUUUUUAAGUUACAAUAAAGAUUAUUAUUUAUUAACAA